AUGGGAGAAGGUUUAUUUCCUAUACCAGAACAUGGAGACUUUUCUGAUAGCCAUACAGUACCAAUGGGAGAAGGUUUGUUUCCUAUACCAGAACAUGGAGACUGUUCUGAUAGGCAUACAGUACCAAUGGGAGAAGGUUCAUUUCCUAUCCCAGAACAUGGAGACUGUUCUGAUAGGCAUACAGUACCAAUAGGAGAAGGUUUGUUUCCUGUACCAGAACAUGGAGACUGUUCUGAUAGGCAUACAGUACCAAUGGGAGAAGGUUCAUUUCCUAUACCAGAACAUGGAGACCGUUCUGAUAGGCAUACAGUACGAAUGGGAGAAGAUUUGUUUCCUAUACCAGAACAUGGAGACUGUUCUGAUAGGCAUACAGUGCCAAUGGGAGAAGGUUUGUUUCCUAUACCAGAACAUGGAGACCGUUCUGAUAGGCAUACAGUACGAAUGGGAGAAGGUUCAUUUCCUAUACCAGAACAUGGAGACCGUUCUGAUAGGCAUACAGUACAAAUGGGAGAAGGUUUGUUUCCUAUACCAGAACAUGGAGACUGUUCUGAUAGGCAUACAGUACCAAUGGGAGAAGGUUCAUUUCCUAUACCAGAACAUGGAGACUGUUCUGAUAGGCAUACAGUACGAAUGGGAGAAGGUUCAUUUCCUAUACCAGAACAUGGAGACUGUUCUGAUAGGCAUACAGUACCAAUGGGAGAAGGUUCAUUUCCUAUACCAGAACAUGGAGACCGUUCUGAUAGGCAUACAGUACCAAUGGGAGAAGGUUCAUUCAAACUGCUUUUAUCCUUUUCUCCACACUUUCCACUUUUCCACUAG